AUGCGUUUUAGACGUGGCGAGGAAGUCCUCACUGAUGGAUACAGACUUGAAGGAAACCCUGUCUGCUGGGCAACCUUUUGUAUAUCUGGGGUUUUCCCCCACCUUUGUGGUGCCAAGCUGGAUUUCCUGCAAGUAAAGCAUCGAAGGAGGAAGAGGAAGAGCAACUACAGCGUGAGAGAAACACAGACUCUCAUCAGGGAGAUCGACAAAAGAAGGGACGUGUUGUUCUCCAGGAAGCAGAACACAGCAGUUAAUGAGCUGAAGAGGCAGGCAUGGGAGGAAGUGGCACAGGGUGUGAAUGCAUUAGGAGAGGGAGAGCUGCGCACCGCCACUGAGGUGAAGCGUCGUUAUCUGGACUGGCGCGCGCUGAUGAAGAAAAAACAGCUGACGUUUGAGCUCUCCCCGUCCUCCUCCUCCUCUCUGACGGUGAAAACCGAGUAUGAUCAGUCCUCGCCGGAGCACGAGGCCGCUCCUCAAGGAGCCAGCGAACAGCUGGGCGACCUCUCGGGCUUCCCGCGGGAAUGUCAGAGCAACUGGCCGGAGCUGGUUGCCCUGGAUGAGUCGUCAGUGAUGGCCCACCCAGGUGUGAAGAUGGAGGACAACAUCAGCGAAUACAAAGUAGGAGGUGAUGUUGGAGAUGGAGACAUAGACGAAGAUGAUAUUCCCUCCCUCCUCAGUGGCAUUGAGUCAUGUGGAGAGGGCCCCGUCGGAGACAUGUAUUCCCACAAUGAUCUGGACCUGCUCAGCUCCUCUGAGGAUCCCAUCUCCACCACUAACAGAGAUCUGCUGCCAACAGAAAGCUUGAUGGGAAUUCAUGGACUCUGCUGUGAUCGUAAGAACAUGGACGCAGGAUUUCUUUUUGCUGUCGAGAAACAACGACUGGAGCUGGAAAAGCAGCGGCUGACUGUGGAGACCGAACGCCUAGCUGUGGAGAAAGAGCGCCUGAUGGUGGAGAAGGGUCGACUGCGUCAGGCGGAGGUGGAAAAAGAGCGGCUGCACGUGGAGAAGGAGCGGCUACAGGUGGAGCGGGAGAGGCUGAGGCUCCUGCUUCUCAGCCAAUCAGAGCACGUCGACUCACCUUUUCUCCUGCUGCCACAAGACCGUCCGUCCUCCUCCACCUGUUCUCUGUCCUCCACCCCGGAUGAACAGGAGGAGAAAAGCUGGAUUUCCUUGGUGAACCUGGAGACAGAGAAGAUGAAUCUGGAGAGGGAGAGGCUGCAGCUGGAGAAGCAGAGGCUGCAGCUGUUUAAGUUUGAGGCAGGUCGACUGCAAAUUGGGAGAGAGCGCCUGCAAGUGGAGAAAGAGAGAAUGCAUCUGCACAAAGACCAUCAGCCUAUUAAAGCAUGAGGAAGAGGAGGAGGAUCAGAUUUAACAAAGGUGUAAGGUAGCUGGAUUAAUUCCAGAUUAGGAUAAUUUGAGAGUUAAAAAAAUGUUCACGAUCACUGAAAUAAAAAGGUGCCUUUUGACGUUCAAACAAACCAAGUAACAGAACAGAGAGGAUUCCAGAGUCAUCACAUUGUUUCAGAUGAAAUUUCCAGUUCAACAACUUAUUGCUGUGUUUAAAAUGUAUAUAUAUAUAAAAAGAUUUAUGUUAAAGUUUAUGGAAAUAUGAGCAGAGUUGCACGAAAACUGUGUGUUCCAGUGUAUGGGUGCUGGUGUGUGUUACAACACAGAACAAACAAAAGGGCACAAGUUUUCGAUUCAAGCAUUUUACUGUCAAGUGCUUGAGUCAUUAAUAAUAUUAGUAAUAAUUGUGACUAAAUAAUCUAUUUACACACUUUUACCUGAAACUUUACAAACACUGAUGCUGAUCAUUAACGAACAGAGGCAGCUAAGGUGGUUCACACUCUCAUUUUGCUUAAGUUUUGACAACACACACACACACACACACACACACACACACACACACACACACACACACACACACACACACACACACACACACACACACACACACACACACACACACACAAACACACACACACACACACACAUACACACACAAAGAGCAUUUUAAAAUAACUUAUUACUGAUAAGUGUUUUCUGUUACUGCAUUGUUGUUUGUUUAUUUAUUUCAAAAUUAUUAAAUAAAAAGUUUUGUUAUCAUAAUGCCAUCUUCCCUGGUGGGAACUUUCUCAUAUUUUAUUUCUAUUCUGUAUUUGUACCCUUUGGAUGCGUUUUCACUUAGUUCUGUUUCCUUUUAUAAUGGUAACAAGUGAAUAAAAGAUUUUUCUAAAACAUU